AUGGCCUCUGGUUUUAAUAUCAGAGUGUGGGAGAGUCAGGAGACCCUGGUGAUCACCUGUUUCGGCCUCGCUGUGGUGUCGUGCCGCUACGUGGGCUUCGCCGUGGUUGCCUUGCUGGUGGAGAUAAACUCAGUGUUCCUCCACAUCAGGCAGAUCCUGCGCAUGGCCAACAUGGCCGCGAGCACGCUGUACCGCGUCAACAGCAUGAUCAACCUGGGCACGUACGUGGUGUUCCGUAUCAACACGCUGGCCUGGAUGACCCGGUGGCUGGUGCUCAACAGGGACAAGGUGCCCCUUCUGGCCUACACGCUGGGCAGCGUGGGCAUGGCCAUCAUGACGGCCAUGAACAUCGUCCUCUUCUGCCGCCUGCUCAGGAGCGACUUCUUAAAGAGCAGCACCCGGGAGGCCAAGAAAGAAAAGGAGAUGUAGAGAGGAGGGGGAGGAAGGUGGAGGAUUCAGAGGGGCACACGUUACUGUACAUUAACACGCCGUGGCUGAGGUUCUGUACUGUCUGUACUGCAAGCAUUUAAAUACUCAUAGCUGGAAAGACCGAGAGAUCUGCACCUCCCUUACAUUACAGGUACAAGCACUCCAAGUGUAAUCAAACAGCCUCACCUCAGACCCAUCUACCGAUCAGCUGCAGUUUUUUCUCCCAUAUUUCAGUGCUUCAUAUAAACAAAUCGAGGCCUUGUGAGACACCAAACGCCUUAUUGUCACACGGCGUUUCAGCUCAAUCGAUCCUAAAAUGUAGCUCGCGAUAAGUGACAAUGCACUGAGCCCCUCUAACGUCCAUGUAUGCAGCCAGCGGAAACAGAAACAUAAAUAUAAAAUAGCUCUCUUUACUUUGGAACAAUAAUCUCUUAUUCAUAUAUAGACGUAUAUCUCUAUACAUAGGAUAUAUACACGUUAUGCUGCUGUGAGUUUUAUUUCUUCGGUGGGGGUGACGUCAGAGGUGAAUGCCUUUCCCACCAAAUCUCCUCAGCUAAAAACCGCCUGCUACCUCAGGGCUCGCACCAGUUCUUUGCCUCUUUCCAACACUCGCUAUGCUGCCGGUGAUUGGCAGCAAAAAAAAAAGAAACAAAAGUAAUGUCUGCCUGUUGAAUAAAGAAAAUCAAGCAAAUGCAAAUCUUUGCUUAACGAAAGAAUAAUGACAACUGGGAGGCAACAACGUGUGUCUGUUUUGUCCUUUUACAUUUAACCCUGAUGCUUAACACAGCUCGUGCCCUUCAGUUCGGCCCACAAGGCGGGAUCUUUGCGUCGGUAAACCUCAGAGGAACGAGGCAAAAUCUCCACUGAUGGCAUCACUGUCCAUGAGCGGGCAGCUGCGCUUUAAACUUGAACCCUGUGAAGUGAAAGGAAAACCUAAAUGAUGUAGAUUAGUUGAGUAAACUCAAUAAUUAGAAUAGUUAUUAAUAUUUCAACAGUGCACCGUGGCGUGUGCGUCUGCAGUAGGAGCUUUCAGACAGGCAGGAAGUAUCAGCACAUUCCUACACCUCACCUCAGUGACCUCAGCUCAGCCAAGACCACCAGAGAUGCUUUUACUUUGAAGGGUUUUUGUAGAUCUUUGCCAUCCUGCCUUUAGUUUUAAAGUCGCAGAUGAGCGCGACAGAAAGCAGAGAAACCCCCGAGGUGGGCGGGAACAAACUGGUCUGAGAGCUGUGAAUACAGCAGACUGUUAUACACACAGCCUCUCCUUCCAGCUCAGCUCACAGCAUUAUAGCUCUUCUAUGGCAUGGAAAUAUAAUUGAUGCUAUUUCGUUUUUUGCUUUUGAUAUUUUUGAUGUUUUGCCUUUGUGUAUAAUCAGUGUUUGAUUGAUUUGUUGUAUAUCUUUGUAAUUUAUUUGUGCUAUAAAAGACGAGUUUAAGGUGACACGGUGUUCACCGGGUUUUCCUGUCGCUGACAUGAUUGUGUUAAGACACGUUGUUAGAGGGUGGGAAGGCAUUUUUUUUUGGCACUUUUUUUUUCUCCUUUCUUCACGUACAGUUUCCUCACAGUGUGUAUGCUUGAAUAUGUUUAUGUUCAAGCCGUGAAAAGCAGGCCUUCCAGCCCCAGUAACAAUCACAGGGCACAGCAAUAAAAAAACACUAUUUGGGAGAAGACAAAGUUUGAGUUAUUGUUUUUUUUGUUUGUUUUUUUUUAUUAAUUUUCUUUUGAAUGUUAAAUUUGCUUUUUUUAGGGCAGCUUUGUUGUUGGUAAUUGAAGUUCUUUCUAACAAACAAGCUUUCACUCGUGAACUUGUUAUGAAUACGGCUGUAAUGUUAUCGAAAUCGUACUUCUAUGAUAUCAUUUGUUCAUCAUUUUGCUGUGUGCUUUAAUGAAUUGUGACACGCCUUAGCAGCCAAGUUGUAUUAAUGACCUGAUGAUUUUUUUUUUUUCUUUUUAAAGCAUUUGUAGCUCUGAUCACCUGUAUGGCUUUGAUUUCCAAAUGCGACUGUCCCCAGACCUUAUGAGGUUAAAUAUUAAAAAAUAUUAAAUA